AAGUGUUGUCGCAAAGCAGAAUACCUAUUAAAUGAAUGUAAACAGUGUGACAAGUGUUUUAGUCAAUUAGGAAACCUAAGAACUCAUAAAACAGUUAAGACUGGGGAGAAAACCUUAUGAAUUAAACAAUGUGGCACAUGUUUUAGCCAAGCAGAAAACCUAAUUUUCAUGAAAGAGUUCACAGUGGGGAAAAGCCUUAUGAAUGUAAACAGUGUUGCAAGUAUUUUAGUCAAACAGGAGGCCUAAGGAUUCAUGAAAGAGUUCACACCGGUGAAAAGCCUGGCUUGUGAAUGUAAUUAGUGUGGCAAGUGUUUUAGCUAGGCAGGAAACGUGAACCUGAGGAAACACGAAUGAGUUUACACUGGAAAAACGACCCCUUAACAUAAACAGUGUGGCUCAAGUGGUUGGAAAAGUGUUCAUACCGAGGAAAAGCUUUUAAUAGGAAUGAGAAAUUUAUAGCAAGUGUUUUACAGAAAUGUUUUCACAGAAUUGAAAGUCUGUAAUAUCCUUUGGCUGAAGAAGUUGAUGUUAUUGCAAAAUGAUUUACAAACAAAGCACUUGUACUGAAAGAGAUCGGCAACAAUAGUAUAAAGGGCUGACGAUCACUCAUUGCAAAACGCAGCUCUUAGAUUUGUCAAAGGGAAAUGAGUAGUGAGGCUCUUCUUUUUCAACAAUACAAGAAGUAUAUUAGAAACAUAACUUAAGGUGACUCGUAAAAUUUAAUAGCAUUUUUGGCUUUUACUUUCUAACUCAUAAAACUGUGAACACUUGAAAAAUUUCAGGAAUUUUGAUUGUGUAAUGUCCUAUCACAAUAAAGUUUAGGACAUGAAAACAAAUUUGAAAAGCACAAACCACAGGUAGCCCAAGCUCACUAUGAGAGCUCUGAACAACCUUAUCCUACUCAGCUAAUUAAUUAUUCAUACGGCAGACGUUCUAUGAGAAUUAUCUAAUUUCUCCAUAAUUGAGCGAAACGUGCAUUAAAGUUUUCCUAUCAAGCUUGCAUUUUUUAUUUUCUUAUGUUUAUUUGUGUGUUGACUGCGUUUCAGGCCUACCCUUCUAAGCUAAUUAAUUAUUCAUACAGCAAGAAAAUUAGAAGGCGUUGUAUGAGAAAUAUCUUUGCUCACUGUGCAUUGGACAUCGCUUUGAAGCUUACCUUUAGUGUCUUCUUGUUUUUCUUUGUAUUCUGACUGUAUUUCAGACCUCCUAGGUGACAGUUUUUCACCCAGAUGACAUAACAAAAGUAACUAAAAAAUAACUAAAUUGCAGUCACAGAUGUUUAAAGAGUAGUACUUUGAUUGUUCAGUCUCGUUACGAGGAAAAUCACCUUACAACUAAUACAAAAACCCGCUCGAGUGUUUCCCUUUUUUAAUUGAAUUUGGCUCCUCGGACAAAAAUAUUAAUUCAAAGGCGGUGGAGCGUUUUGAAACGUGGAGGGCUCAUCUUUCACUCACCCAUAAGCAUACCCCUACUCAGGAUUUUCCAAAAUUCCCUUUGCGUUGUUCGUUAUCACAAGCAAACCUCUUUCCAGUCUUCACAGUGUCUAUUGGUCCGUAAUCAAUUUUUCACAAUGCAUCAGUAGGUAAGCAAGUGGCCUAUGUCACAGGAUUUGGUAAAUUUAUCUUGGUGUUUUCAGCACCAAAACAUGGGGGGCUACGGAGCAGCUGCUCCCCCUCCUAUUUCCUGAUCAUCCGCCCAUAAACAAGGGGGGGGGGAGGAAUUCUGGUGAGCCGCUGAGGGUUUGACACUGUGGGCCUGGUUGGAACAAUAAACCCUAAAAUACCACGUUUAGGACAGAGUACAAAAUACUCGCUGCGUUUUUUGAAGUCAUUUGUUGGCCAUUACAAUGAAUUUUUUCUACUUGCAGUACAUGUAAUAUCUUAUUCAUAAUUAAGACGAACAAACACCGUACAAUGUUUUUUUAACAAGGUGUAAUAAGUGACGUUACACUUCUGAGUUAAUUUAUACCUAUGCCCGUUUAGAAAAGUGUGAUCGCAGGAUAUUGGGAUGUUGACCAAAAUUAAGAACAAUGUUAACCAUCCAUUAUAUGCCCUUUUCCCGAAAGUCAAAGAGUCAUCCAAGAGGUUAAGAUCACAAGCUAGUCAGUUACAACGGAUUAAUACAAUAAGGUUUUAAAAAAUACAACUUAACAAUUUAACAAUAGAGAUAUCCAAUGUUUUAUCAGGUUUUAUAUGAUAAUUGUAAAUGAUGAAAGGAGUAGCCUGCGUAGCAAGCGUUUCCUCGCGAGGUUCGUCUAGAAAGCUGGGACAAGAGCAAAAAAAAAAUGAAUGACGGGGGAGGGGGAGGGGAGAGAAGGAACCCCCUCCCCCUCCCCCUUCAACCUUUUUUUUGUUUCCUCUCUAACUUUCGCGCAAUAACUCGAUUGGAAACGCUUGCUAAGCAGGCUAUGAAAGGAGGAGAAGUAUAAAUAAUUUUUGCCUGAACUGACCUUGACCUACCUAUUGAGAUUAAGAAACCACAUCAUGACCAUUUCACUGAAACGCAUCAUCGCUCACCUUAUAAUAAUUAACAUACAUGUGGCAGGUCAAAGUAAUUGACCUCAGUUGAGCUUUUUAUUGUUGUAUUGAAUCGCCGGUAUAGGAAUUGUAUUUCCAUGUAAACAUACCUUAGCCUGCGUGGCAUGGUAUUGGGGUAGGGGCUCUGAGAGGCCAGCGGCACAUACCCAGCAAAAUUAAAGCAAGUACCGCCCCCCCCCGGCCCCCCCGGCCCCUGGGUCUUUCGUAAGCGGUUGACUGCGACCACUCUUUGCAUUAGGGCGACAGUUUUAACAUUUUCAUUGUUUUUAACCUCUUGUAAGAGAACACUUGACGCAUGACCGGGCUCCGGCCGUUCAAAAGCAGUGAUAGCCCUAUCCGCCGGAUAAAUCGCUAUCCAAUAGAUAGAACUUAUGAAAACUAAUUCGGCGUUAUCGACUGUGGAUAGCAGUAUCCACCAUUUGAACAACUGGGGCCUGACUGAUCUCUUAGUUCGCUGUACGUACUGCGCUACUCAGAGAGCAUGCAAAGAACUUUCACUGGCAACACGGAAAUUGCAUGCAGCAAAUUCUCCUUCCAAAAAUAUAGGUGUCGGGACCUCUACUCGGUAAAGACCCCCUGUGGUUAGACUACGAGCAGUCUCUCUUUUUUCUGUAGUCCGUCGAGCAAAACGCGAGACACGCAAAUGGCCACGCGCGUGACUGAUGGCGCGAGAUGGGAGAGGCACGAAAAAAUAGAGACUACCCGCGCGUGCACUCCCCUUACUAAACCGGAAGAAAAAGAGAGACUACUUGCAGUCUACCCUGUGGUUCGAUUCUUGUAAGCCAACACCUUCCGUAAAGCGACCACUGAAGUUUCAAAGAAGAGAAAAGAAAAGAGCAAAAGGCAGAAAAACCGAGGAAACCAUCUGCCACAGGUCUGCCCCUUGUCUACCCACACCGACAACUGCCCCCACACUGUACCUGACAGUUUUUUCUUUUCUUUGCGCUCUGACCAGGCCUCUAUCGGUGUAAAGUCAAGAUGGCGGCAAACCUAUCUUGCAGAUUUCAUCUUCUCUUACGCUUGUGAUUUAAUCAGCACAGAGAAAUCUUGUUACUUAAGGUAGGAAAGCUUUAAUAUGCUAUUGAUCCGUCCAGCUGCAGAAAUCAGCAAUAGCGCUUAGCUUCGAACGAAGCGUAGUUUUACACUAAUGUACCUCGCGUGCUUUGGUAUUAAGCCGUGAGUUUUUAACCGCUCAGAAUCUAGCGUGAACAGCUCAGGGCAUAAUUUGAUGAAAAAUGGUAUGUAAGUGGCUUUUAAUGCUUAAUCUAUAGGGGUAUCUAGGAAACGACGACCUAUAGAACGAAAACCUGAAACCCAGAUGAUGAAAACAUUUUACCUGAUUUUACAGUCGUGGGCCCGGGGGGGGAGGGGGGGGUACUCCCAUACAUUACCUAUACGGGUAUGUGCCGCCCAACGGGGUCGUGAUUUUGAAGCUCCUGAUUUAGAACGGGGUAUCCAUUUCAGAGACGUUUUCGAGAACGGGGUAUAAUAUGUCGAACGCAUGAAAGCUCCAGUUUUGUAAGCAGCCAUUUGAAAUUAUUCAAGGACAGAUUGCUUUUAAAAAUACGGUUCAAUGCGUUAACAAGCAAACUGUUGUACUCUUUGCACCUUAGAAUGGAGUAUAAAAAAUUGGCCCAUUUCUAGAACGGGGUAUCAGUUUUAGGGCGAAUCCUAGAACGGGGUAUCAAUUUUAGGGGAACAGGAUGUCAAUUUGGAGUCCCGGGCGGCACAUACCCACCCAAAAAAUACCCAAGUGCCCCCCGGGGGGCUUAGUGUGCUAGCCUUUGUGUGAACGUGAGGCUGAGCAUAGUUAGUAACUUUAGACUGAAGUUGACUUUGUUUCUAUAGAAACCUCCAUCUUUUUCAAAUGUAAAUUUUCUUUAAAAAUAUCAUUUAGUUUGUAUAAGAUUCCUUCUUUUUCAUUAAAGUGUCUUUUUUAAUAGACACUGAGGGUUGUUGUGUUAUGAUAGGCAUUUCUUUUUCCUCCUUGUUGUUUUAUUUCAGGAGUGUUGUCUCCCUUUAUGUGAAUUUGAUUUCUGAUAACAGUUCUGAUCACAGUUUUAUCAACAUCUACAUUCAUAACUCGCAUCCAUAACUUUUAAAACAGUGAAAUGAGUAUGAUUGUAUGAUGCCCAUAUGCAAACUGUUCCAGUCUUUGAUAUUUCCUGGCCAAAACCUGAACUUGCAUGUAUCACAUGUUGCUUGGAGUGGACUAAACUUAAGUGGAUACUAUAGGAGUGGUGGGUCUGUUGGAGUCGCUGGUGCCGGACAUAGGCCCAGGGGGGGGGUACUGCCAUAUAUGAGCUAUAUAGGUAUAUGCCGCUGUGAAGGGUGUGGUUUUCUAGCAGUUUGCUCUAGGAUAGGGUAUAUAAAUCAGAGAGUUUGGGUCUAGAAUAGGGUAUCAUUUUUCAGGAAACUGAUCAGUCGGUUGAAGAUUUUAUCUAGACUAGGGAUUGUGGUAUAAGGUUUUGUUUUGGCUAGACUACUGUGCUAGUGACCUCAGUAGUUUCUGGAAAACAGCUACUCUAGGAUAAGGGGGAUUUUGGGAGUUUACUCUAGUAUAGGGUAGCAAAAUUCAGCUGAACUAGCUCUGGUAUAGGUUAAGGGUUCCAGGGUCCUAGCAGCACAUCCCCACCCAGAAAUUCCUAAAGUACCCCCUCCCCCCCCCCCUCGCAGGGGACAUAAGUCAAAACAGUAAUUUUUUAUCAAAGUGUGUGGGUAGCCUCUAUCCAUCUUUAAGUGCUUUUUUGAAAGUUGAAAUAUUUUCCUCAAACAUUUUUUGGUGGAGAAUUUGUUCAUAGGAUUCUUAAGGUUUAUUUGACAAAUCCAUUUUUAAAACUUGCUGGGUGACAAAAAGUGAAAUUUGUGAACUGGUUUCUGUUUGUUGAAAAUGUGUCUUUGCGUCAAGGAUAGUUUUGUUGUUGUUUGAAUGUUGUUGAAGAUUAAUCUAAAUUUUUCCCGCAGGUAUUAAAUGUGUAGAAGCUUUAAUGAGAAAGGAAAUUUGAAAUGUGUAGCUCUAAAAAAUAUCCAUACCCCCCAUGAAGGGCAUUUUUGUUUUCGACCCCCACCCCCCUGGAAUUUCUCUAAUUUUCCAACUUGGUUGGAUACCCCCUUGAAUGAAUAUUUUAGUCAAAAAUGCCUUUGCACUAUACUUUUAUGCGAUAUUGUUUCUGGGAUACCGAGAGAAAAAAUCUUUAUGUUUACAUUAAUUCAAUGUCAAAUAAUCUAAAUAUUGCCUUGUAUAGGUCUUUCAGUAUGGCCUUCGGUAUGGCCUUACAUGGCAAAAGUGAUAUCAUCUCUCAAACCACAGUGAACUUCAAUUACUUCCUUUCAGUUAAAAACAUGUUAGAAGAAGGCUUAUUAGAACACGACCACAUUACAUUGAAUACCCCAAUAUACUGUGUAACAAAGCAACAGAUAGAUAAUUGGAAUUUUAUUUAUGAGCUGACAACAAUCGUAUUUCAUAAACUAUCAUGCAAGCCAUGACAAAAGCUGCACUCAGCCGACCGCAAAUAAAAGAUCAUUGAUGAAAACAAUUAUCUAUUAUAUUUCCCUUCAAACACCAAUUAAGAGUAAAAAAAACUGAUAGCUUGCUUAUCAAGUCAGAGCCCCCAGAAAAAAGGCUCGAGAGGCCACUCUGCACCCCCUUCAGAAAUUGUCUCCUUUUGGACCACGCUUUCCCUCCGAAUUUCCAUUGCCCUCCUUGGGGGUGGGGAUAUGGAUAUUUUCUGGAACUACACAAUAUUAGUUCAUGCAUUUAUUACCUCUAAAUUAGUGGUUUUUAAAUGUUCAUCGCCAACCUUGAUGCAUUGCGCGCCACAAGCACAAAUUCCGUGAAUUUCAUGUUACAUGAAAUUACUGAUAGUUGUGAAAAACGUUUCCACCAAGAAUUGGUAUCUGUUAGAACGACUCAGUCUGUCCUUUGGUUUGAAAAAGAAUUGUCAUCUGUUCAAAUGGCUGGGGUUAUCUGCUAGGAGAAAGUAGUCAUCGGUUUGAAUGGUUCAACUAUCUGUUCAAAAAAUUGUCAACCAUGCUAUUGUUCCCAACCACUUCCACCUGAACCAUUUCUUGAUGAACCUGUCAAAAAAUGUAAGCUUGAAUAAUUCUUCUAAACGUUGUUUACCAUUGCCUCAUGAAUUUCCGUGGUGCAUUUUUUGCUGAAUGGCCUUUUUUGCUUUCAUAACAUUUGAUUCUUGUUACAAUUAGUUUUAUUCAUGACUAAGUUAUACUAUUCAGCAAACAUCCCAAAUAAGUUGUUUUGAUCUUUUUGUAUGCAAAUACCAAAUACUCUUGGUAGCCAUGGGAAUACUCUGUCACUGUCUGACUCAACAAACUUUGCCUGUUCAAAAUACCAUCAUCCUCCAUCACCAUUUCAGAGAAAACAAUAAAAAGCUAUUGCCACAGCACAGAUCUGAAAAAUAAAAACAGUUACUUGCAUCUUCGUGGCAUCCCAUGAGAAACAAUACUUAUUUACUGACUUUGUAGGCAAAUUGUGCAGCCAUUUCUCAGAUGAGGAAACACACGCACUGAUGCACCUGACUAUUUUCUCUUUUAGCGAGAAAGCCAGGUAAGAGUGUUGACCAAACAGAGCAUGCCAUUUAUUUCAAAACAAAAACAAACAACUGCAUUGCAUCAAGGUUGGCAAUGGGCCUUUAAGUUUCUUUUUGUGGGUUUUGAUGAAUACCUUUACCCCUUUUUUUCACAUUCAGAUCAAUGAACUUGUGAAGAAUAUAAUGGUCAAUGCUGCUUAGUGUUUCAAAAAUGCGCUUCUUAAGUCUGUCCCUUUCGAAGACUAAUCUGAAAGGUGCUGUCAACAAAUGCACGAAGGAACAUCACAGGUUUGUCCUUGAAAGGGACCAACUUAAAAAGUGCAUGUCUGAAACACUAAGCAUUAUUUAAUGACUCUUAUAUUUGUCAAAACUGUAAAUUAAACAAUAUCCUUACUUUAUGACCUUUCUCAAUUUCUGAUGGACAGUCUGCAAGCUGUCCAAAACUGUGCCACUUGCCUUAUAACAUGGUUAUAUUAUGCCGGUUCUAAAGCAAUUAGACUGGCUUCCAGUUUAUAGCUGCAUCAAAUACAAUAUUCUUUUGGUAACUUUCAAAACUUUACAUGGGCUGGCACCUUCCUACAUAACAGAAAUUGUUUCCGAUUGUUGCGUGGUUUGGUACAAUGCCUUUAAAUGUUUUAGUGGCACAGGACAUCUGAAAGAACAUGAACGAGUCCACACUGGGGAGAAGCCUUAUGAAUGUGAACAGUGCAAUAAGUGUUUUUACCAAGCAGGAAACCUUAGGAGACAUUUAAGAGUUCACAGUGGGGAGAAGCCUUAUAAAUGUAAACAGUGUGACAAAUGUUUUACUGCAGCAGGAAACCUAAGGCGACACGAAAGCGUUCACACUGAGGAAAAGCCUUACAAAUGUAAACAGUGUGACAAAUGUUUUAGCCAUGUAUGUAGCCAAAGGAGACAUAAAAAAGUUCACAAUAUGGAAAAGCCGUACAAAUGUAAACAAUGUGACAAAUGUUUUAGUCAAGCAGGAGACCUAAGAAGACAUGAAAGAGUUCACACUGGGGUAAAGCCUUAUGAAUGUAAACAGUGUGACAAGUGUUUUAGGCAAGUAGGAAGCCUAAGAAGUCAUGAGAGAGUUCACACUGGGGAAAAGCCUUACAAAUGUAAACAGUGUGACAAGUGCUUUACUCGCGUAUCAAUCCUACGGAGACAUGAAAGAGUUCACACUGGGGAAAAGCCUUAUGAAUGCAAACAGUGUGACAAAUGUUUUAGUCAAGCAGGAGACCUAAAGAGACAUGAAAGAGUUCACAAUGGGGAAAAGCCUUACAAAUGUAAACAGUGUGAGAAGUGUUUUAACCACGUAGCAAGCCUAAGCAGUCAUGAAAGAGUUCACACUGGGGAAAAGCCUUAUGAAUGUAAACAGUGUGGCAAGUGCUUUUCUCAGGUAUCAAACCUAAGGACACAUGAAAGAGUUCACACUGGGGAAAAGCCUUAUGAAUGUAAACAGUGUGACAGAUGUUUUAGAGAAGUAAAAGAGCUAAGGAGACAUGAAAGAGUUCACACUGGGGAAAAGCCUUAUGAAUGUAAAGAGUGUGGCAAGUGCUUUACUCGCUUAUCAAACCUAAGGGCACAUGAAAGAGUUCACACUGGGGAAAAGCCUUACGAAUGUAAAAAGUGUGAGAAGUGUUUUCGCCAAGUAGCAACCCUAAGGAAUCAUGAAAGAAUUCACACUGGGGAAAAACCUUAUGAAUGUAAAGAGUGUGGCAAGUGCUUUACUCGCGUAUCAACCCUAAGGACACAUGAAAGAGUUCACACUGGGGAAAAACCCGUACGAAUGUAA